GCCCAAACAGACCUCCGCGCUUUGCCGAUCUGAUCGCCGAUUAUUCUCCUCGUCCAUGAUCGCCGAUCCCCCGCGAUGCCGAACCCGUGGAAGAAGCCCCGGCCCGGCGGAGGCAGAGGCGGCGGCGUAUCUCGGUUACUCGCCGGCAUCAGGCCCCACCGCGGCGGGUCGCUCGUCGUGCAGACCGGCUUCCCUACCUCCCUCGCUGACCUAUUCGUCAAGAACCGCGGCCGCUUGAGGAAGCCCUCCCGGAAGAGGAAACCCCCUUCUGAAUCCGAUUCUGCGGCUUCCGAACCCCCCGCCGUAACGUCUCCUUUGGUCGGUGGCCCUCUGCCCGAGGCAUCCUCUGUCGGCCGAUCCAUUCCGGUGGCGGCGGAUGGCUUCCCGUCGUUGCCUGAUUCCAAUGAAACGAAGCACAGGCGCCUCGGGAUCGUGUUUGGCCUUCUUUUCAUAAUGACGUUGGUUUUGGUGGUUCUGGCCAUGGAAAGGAAGAUGCUUGUUGCGGGGUUCACGCUCUCUGCGCUGGCUUUAUGGCUGCUCGAUUCGAUCGGGUAUCGGGCUCUAUGGUUCUCGAAGCCGUGCUCGGAAGCGACGACGAGGUUGAACUCGGUCGUCGGAGGAUGGGAAUUUGAAGGACGAGGAGUGGUUUCUCCUAUCAGGGAAGUUGGGAUUGAUAGCUGUUCGGAUACGGUAAGAUCAGAGAGUAGCUCGCUGGAAUCUAUUGAUUGGAAGCAGGGGACGGAGGUUUUGUUGGAAAGGAAGGAUCUUGCCGGGACAGGGAAGAUUUCCCUCGUGCGUGAUCUUAGUUCUAAGGGCAACUCAAAGGCAAAGAAGCUAUUUAGGAAGUUAAUCCCAAAGAAGCAUCGUGCGCAAAAGCACGGUAAUGAUGAAAAAGAGCUUUCUUUGGAUUUGAGUGGAAGAGGUAGCAUUACAGAAAUAGAAGAGGAGAAUCCGAAAGCGAGCAAUAGAGAUUAUGAAGCAGUGCAUAGUGUUAGAGAUGUUCUAAACAUGAAUGCCUCUGAUAGUGUGACCGAUCAUGACAAACAGGAUGUUGAAUUUAUUCGAGAAAAUGGUCAUGAAAUUAGAUCGAGGAGCUCCCAACAAUUGGUCUUCUGUGCAGUAGUUCUUCUGGGGCUUUUGGGCGGCAAGAUUGUGGCCCUUGUUCUAACUGUUUCGUGGUUUCUGUUUAGCAAAUCAAUCAAAUCCUUGUUGAAGAAAGAAAGAGAUUUGGUUGUUUGAUUGUACAAUACAAUUUUUUCCGGUCUCUUAGCAUCAUGUUGGUGAUGGGGCUUUUUGUAUAUCAAAUUAUUUCAGCCGUGAAAGCUUAGCAUCAUGUUGGUGACUCAAGCGAAGAUGUAUAUGGUAUUGUACACAAAAGGUGGAAUGAAAAUUCAGAUGUUAAUUACUGCUAAUUCUAGCUGCGUUUUUUAUAGUUUAGCUCAUCUGGUAAUAUUGCUACAUUUGAUUGCUCUAUAUGCACUUUUAUUCAGCGAUGCCUGAAGUGUGAGAAAAUUAUCGUCUGAAAAAUUAACAACUAUUGCAGGCUACCGUAACUGCUUCUGCUUUUAGGCUUUUAAGCCAAACCUCUUUACUCUUUAUUUGUUGUAAUUUUUUGUCAGAAAUUCCUGUCUUGCAUCUCAGUCUUGUUCUAUUUUCAAUAACUUUUCAGGAUAAUAAUGUUCUCUUGCCAAUACUUUUUUCAUGAGUUUUUUAAGUAAAAAACUCUUGACAAUCUUGGAUUUUUUAACCUGUUAGACCAUAGUUCGUCUCCACUUACCUGUUAUACAUUCACCAUAACCUGUAUUAAGGAUGAAAAGCUAUCUCUUCUUACGAACUGUAUAUAACAAGUUUCUUUUCCUCGCUUAUUAUUAGAAAAAUUAGAGAAGCAACCUACAGAAUCAAGUCAGUCACAUAUAUAAAUGAAUUAAUUUAAUCAUAUAUUUAAUUGAAAAUUCUUAUCCCUUAACCAGGCCUAAGGGUUACCAUGUCCGUAAGCAUAAAAUAUAAGGGCAUUUGCUUGACCUAGGCACAUCUGUACAAAUGAAGGAAUCAGUCACUCCACUUGCCAAGUUUUUGAGUUUGGGAAAAGUACAAGUUCAUUGUCUGGCUUACCAUGGUCUUGUCCUCUUAAAUUAGUCAUUGCUGUACUAAAUUUCUAGGUGGAAUUCCUAUUGUAAAACUUUUGCUGGUUUGAUGGAUGCUGCUAACAGAAAUCAACAGUGUUUUAAUCUUAUUGGUGUAUCAUACGAAAAGGAGAGUAAGGAUUGCAAAAUCAUGACAUGUUGCCCAUACCAACUUAUAUAUAUUGGCCCAAGCAACACACUGACCUGUGUAUAGUAAUGUGAAAGUGUUGAAACCCCUUAAAUCAAUUGAUGCAGAUCACCAGUUUUAAGCCAAUAAUGUUAUUGCAAGCAGCGACAUGAUAGCUAUCUUAUUUCCAUCUGGCUUUAUCAUAUUCCUUGUUGCUUGUUGAAUGACCCUCUUUCUUCCCAGUCUGGAGAAGAGAGGCGAUUCUUGCAUGCCUCUUAUAGUAAAAUCCCUUGUUAAUCCGGCUGCUAAUUGUGUUCUACUUUAAUGUAUGUUCUGAUGUCCCGAUGGGCAAUGUGCUCUGAGAAGUUGCUGUUAUGAUCAGGGCUGCUGGAGCAAUUCUCGAAAACAAAGCAUUGUCUCAGUCAGUCUUCUACUUAUGAGCUGAAGUCAGAUUCGUUUACAGUUGCAAAGCUACCUAUCGUUGUGUCAGAUGAUGGAAUCCUUGGUGGAAACCUAUUCAUCGCUCAAUAAUCAGGUUACAUUUCUUGUUUAUCUCUUCUUCAUGCCUCCGUGGACCUGGAAUCGUGGUUCAAAUGCUUGGGGUAUCUAUAAUGCUUUUCUAGAGGAAUAGUUUGAAGUUGUCGAACCAUAUGUUAAACAGAGAAAUCACUAGAAGAAGCUGGUGCUGAAUGUAAAGUACUGCAGACAAGUUUCUCCAAUUUCAUAUUCCGAAAAUCUAACAUCUCAAAGAUCAGCAUUAAAUCUCUCAGUAUUGGCAUGUCUUGUGGAACUUACCAUACCAUUUCGUUUGUAACUUACCAUGUUGACUGGUAGGUUGUCAGGAGGCCAAGAUUGCUAGAAUUGAUAUAACUGAGUUGUCACUGCAGUAUCAGAAAUAGUUGAUGCUACUCGAGUUCUUCUAAUCAGAUUGACACAAGUUUCUGCAGAAGGGUUCAAACCAGAUGCUUGUCAGAGAUGUGAAACUUUCUUGGAUGCUUGUUCAAGUUGAGGGAGACACUUUCGUGGUCAUCGGGGACUUCUGGAACACCAACAAAAUCAGCUGAAACUUCACGUUUGCAUACUUGUCUUAUGUGACUUUUUUUUUUUAAUGUAGUAACAUGUUUCAGAAACAAAUCUUACAUGUCGCCUUUUGUUGUCCGUCAAUUUGAUCAUUAGACAAGUUUACCUCUGAUGUAUGUAGCGGAUUGAACCUAAGCAACUAGGAGUAUCUUACUAAUGGUGUAACAUCUCGAAACUUUAUUUUCAA